UCGGGAUGCAGCGCCCCGGGCCCUUCAGCACCCUCUACGGGCGGGUCCUGGCCCCGCUGCCCGGGCGGGCCGGGGGCGCGGCCUCCGGCGGAGGCGGGAACAGCUGGGGCCUCCUGGGCUCCCACGUGCAGCCUCCGGGGCGUGCACAGUCGGGGACCCGCGGCGCCACCGGCAGCGCGAGCUCCAGCGGCCUGGACGCCCAGCACGUCUGCCCGGCCCCCUCCGCGAUGUCCAAGGCCGAGGAGGCCAAGAGGCUGGCGGGUCGCGCCGCGGUGGAGAACCACGUCAGGAAUAACCAAGUGUUGGGAAUUGGAAGUGGCUCGACAAUUGUGCACGCUGUACAGCGAAUAGCUGAAAGAGUGAAACAGGAGAACCUGAGCCUUGUCUGUAUUCCCACUUCCUUCCAGGCCCGGCAGCUCAUCCUGCAAUAUGGCUUGACCCUCAGUGACCUGGAUCGGCACCCAGAGAUUGACCUUGCCAUCGAUGGUGCGGAUGAAGUGGAUGCUGAUCUCAACCUCAUCAAGGGGGGUGGAGGCUGCCUGACCCAGGAGAAGAUCGUGGCAGGCUAUGCCAGUCACUUCAUCGUGAUUGCUGAUUUCAGGAAAGACUCAAAGAAUCUUGGGGAUCAGUGGCAAAAGGGAAUCCCCAUCGAGGUCAUCCCCAUGGCCUACGUCCCAGUGAGCCGAGCAGUGACCCGGAAGUUUGGGGGCGAGGUUCAACUUCGAAUGGCCGUCCACAAGGCAGGUCCUGUGGUGACGGAUAAUGGGAAUUUUAUCCUGGACUGGAAGUUUGACCGAGUCCAUCAAUGGAGUGAAGUGAACAAGGCCAUCAAAAUGAUCCCAGGCGUGGUGGACACGGGCCUGUUCAUCAACAUGGCCGAGCGAGUGUACUUCGGGAUGCAGGACGGCUCUGUGAACGUGAGGGAGAAGCCCAGCUGUUGAUGUGUCCACCUUGAUCUCCAGCCCCAGCCAGGGGGAUGUGGCUGUCCCGGAGCCUUUGCCUUAAUGUGUCUGUGGGGGCGGGGGGGCGCUCAAUCCAGUCUUCUGCAGUAUUGUUAUUAAUGUCUUUUUAAACAGAAAUUUAAAGAUUAUAUAUAUAUUUUUACUAUUAAGAUAUUCAAUUUUUUUUAUAAAGUAGAACUUGAUUUCAGGUUUUAUAUGAAACAUAUACCAAAAAAAGAAAAAAUAAAAAGGGCAAGAUGGGGAGAUGAUCUUUAAAAUCUUCGACUUGAACCUGCUGAGUCGGCUUCUGAAUAUUGGGUUUGCUGAGGAAGGGAAUGAGGCUUUCCUUGAAGCUGGUGAAGGCCGGCAGCGGCUCCCGAUGCCUUAGGGAAGCCUGUCUCCUUUCCUGCCACUCUCUGUUGUAUUUUCACUUUGUUUUCAUCGGAAUCACGCACAAUUUAGUUACCUCUGAUCGAGUUUACAAAAGUCUGCUGAACGGAGUGGUGUGACCUACAGCGCCUUGGAGUGUGACCUGUCAGGGGGCAAGUGUGGCACUUUUGCUAAGAUCAGGGGCUUGUUCAGAUCCUUGUUGGAAGAGGCAGUCGGCCGGAAGUACUUGCCAACGCUGCCAGAACACUUCUGUGAAAUGUGAAAUAGCUGUUUGUGUAAUCAUUUUCUUUCUGUUGUCAUUGAUUUGUUCUGUUCCUGUAUUAUGUGCAUGGUUUGGCAUCAGAAGUCAUCACUUCUCUGCGUUGUUUGGAGGUUGGAAUAAAGCAAUGUGGUGCCA